CCAGCUGACGUCAAGAACAGGACUCUUCUAUUGGAUUAUAUUAUAGUUUUAUAUUCUCAGUGAAAUUCUAUUUUCGCCAUGUUUUUAAAUAAUCCCAGGUCAUGAAAAGAACUAAAAGGAUUUUAAAGUAAAGGAGUUACUUUUGGAGAGAGAAAAAUAAAAACUUUUUUGUAAAGUUGCCAUGAAACGACGAAAGUGUGGAGUAAAUAACAAGAUGGCCGUAUGUCAACAGUCCCUGUGUCUGUGUCUGUUUAUUCUAUCGAUUGUGACGAUGGUUAAUGGUGCAGAUUUAACUUACCAAAUCCCCGAAGAGCAACCGGUGAACACUUUUAUUGGAAACAUAUUAAACGAUACUGCUAAUGUUAGAAAUGUUGUAAGCGACGAAGAUUAUUCCAAAUUACGAUUGAGUUUUUUAACCGAAGGUAACGCCAUCACCUCCUUGUUUGGUUUGGAUGAGAGCACCGGAGAAUUAUCCGUCGGUCCUAAAUCCACGUUAGACCGAGAAACGAUUUGCCCUUUCAGUGUCAACUGUGUCAUUUCUCUCGAUGUUGUUAUCCAGUCGCCUCUGAAUCAAUUCUUUCGCAAGGUUUCCGUCAACGUUAUCUUAGACGAUGUCAACGACAACCCACCUCGAUUUCCUAGCGAUUCCGUGGCUCUUGAUGUAUCUGAAGCCGUUUUAGUAGGUGCUUCCAUUCCUUUAGAAGGUGCCUCGGAUCGAGAUAAGGGCAGGAAUAAUUCCUUACAAACCUAUGAGAUUGUCCCAAGUGAUGGGGCUUUCGGAGUAUCGUUCCGAAAGAACCUCGACGGAACCUCUUAUCUCAACCUGGUUGUCAAAAAAGAGCUGGAUCACGAGACUACCAAUAGAUAUUCCCUGCAGAUAGUUGCUAAAGAUGGCGGAGUUCCACCAUUACAGGGGAUCAUGAAAGUUGAGGUGACUGUCACUGACGUUAACGACAACCUACCCAAGUUCAACAAAGAUAGCUACAGUGUUAACGUGGACGAAAAUGUUUCUCAAAAUUCCGUUAUUCUCACAGUUGAAGCAACUGAUUUGGAUUCUGGCGACAAUGGAGACAUAACUUACAAAUUAAGUUCUCAUCAAGAUCAGAAAAUCCUGAACCUGUUCUCAAUCGAUCCGAGAACGGGUGCUAUGGUUGUUACUGGUGAUCUGCAGGGCGAGGCUACAGAACGUUAUGACGUCAUUGUUGAAGCUAGUGACCAUGCGUUGCAGCCGUUUACAAGUCAAAUUGUCGUUACUGUCACUGUGCGCGAUGUUAUCAAUAGCUCACCUAAAUUAACUGUCAACAUCCUAUCAGGUGCGAGCAUCUCGGAAUACGCCAGUCUGGGUGCAGCCGUCGCACACGUAGCCGUUAAAGACUCCGAUCGAGGUCGCAACGGAAUCGUCACCUGCAAGUUGCAGAACCAAAUUUAUUUCGAUCUUCAGGGCUUUGAUGUCGAUGAGUACAAAGUCAUUGUCGCUAAGCAGUUGGACAGUGAAGUCACCCACCAACAAAAUGUUACAAUCAUCUGCGAAGAUGCUGGAACGCCGCCACUGACAGCCAAUUCAACAUUUGUCAUCAAAGUGAUUGAUGAAAACGAUAAUGCGCCAGCUUUUAUGGAAAUGAGAUAUUCCGCCAAUAUUACAGAAAAUAACAAAAUGGGCCAAAGCAUACUAACAGUGACAGCCCAAGAUUUAGAUUCGGGAACCAAUGGUGAAGUUAGAUAUUCUCUCGCGUCAGAUUCCUCGGGACAAUUUUUAAUAUCCCCAGAAGAUGGAGUCAUCAUGGCUAACACACGAUUUGAUUACGAGACACACAAAUACGUCAACUUCACCAUAUUAGCCAUUGAUCAAGGCAAGCCACAAAAAACAGCCACAGCGAAAGUAGCAGUUAAAAUCUUGGAUAUCAAUGACGAACCCCCGAAAUUUUCUCAAGAAAUUUUUACAGUGCCUGUUUCCGAAGUGGCCCGACCAGGUGAACUGGUUUCAAUAAUAUCGGCUAUAGAUUUCGAAUCGGGAGUAAACGGCGAACUCGAGUACUAUUUUGUGAACAAAACGCCAUCCAUCCCAUUCACGUUGUUAAGAAACGGAUCAGUGAUUUUAGAUGAAUCUUUAGAUUAUGAGAAGAAGUCGGUGUACGAAUUCAGGGUGAUGGCUGUCGAUAAAGGCACACCCCCUCUCAACGCCACAGCUCGUGUUAUCGUUAAAGUUAAAGAUAUUAAUGAUAACGUACCCAUUAUAACCUUCCCAAACGUUUCUAACUAUCUUGUAAAUGUAACUUUCGCUGAUACUACGGGCACUGUCAUCUCUCGGAUACGGGUCACUGAUUACGACUCGGGGCUAAACGGACAGAUUCAUUACGUCAUCACGGCGCGUAAUGAUAGCGGGAGAUUCGACAUCAAUUCGAAGACGGGGGAAAUCUUUACGACUAGAAGUUACGAUAUGGAUGAUAUCAACAUGUAUCGUCUGAUUGUCAGUGUUCAGGAUAAAGGCAGUCCGCCAUUAGCCAAACAUACCACGCUUUUAAUUAAACUGACCAAAGGCAACGGCACAGCUGCUGCCGCACACGUUCUCGGCAACGAACAGAAUAUUUUGAUAACUUUAACGAUCGUCUGUGUGACCAUUGUCCUCUCGGCCACCAUUGUGUUAAUUAUUGUCAUCAUGAGGCGCCGAGACAGAAAGAGAGAGGGUACCAAUAGCAGACAAACAAACGGAAAUAAUGAAACUGGAAAAUACGAUGACCCAAUUAAAAGCAAUAACAUCAACGAGAUGAAAUCCAAUAUGGCGGAUGAUGGCGAUUUUGGAUUUCCGGUGCCAUCUGACACAAGUUCUGUUUUACAAAACCCGUCCUGUUUAGACAAUAAAACCAAGACAAGCAACCAGUAUAAAGACAACAGCAUGUCUCCAAACAGUUUGAAUUUAAAGCUGGAUUCCUCUGGUCGUCAAGAGAGUAAUAAUAUAGAUCAGCUAGCCGCGUUACAGUUACAUCAUGCCUUGUUACAGAAUUACAAACAAUCACAGGCUUCAUCUAAUCACUGGCCACGACAAGGCAAUGUAGCUGAUGACGUCAAUAGCGACGCUUCAGGGGAGACCACUACGAGUGACAGCGGCCGGGGCGGAAGUGAAGAAGACAUUACCAGUCAUAAUGGAACUCAAACAUUUGAUGAACACGAUUUGUCAAGAGAUAUACAGAUUAGUAAUAGUAGUUUCCAGUCACAAGGCAACGUUUCUAGUCAUAGCAACGCUUCCAAUCAACCAGUAAAAUCAAGCGUUAAAGAUCCCGUUCGGAAUAGUUCCAGAAAGCACGUGACAUUCCGCGAAGCAUCAGCAUUAAAAAAUAAUCCGGCGGGUUCUGUUCUUCCUUCACCGCGAAACGCAAAUCAACCACAAGGAGAGAUUGACUCUUAUAACAAGGUUUCUGAUUGGAGGAAACCUAAUAUUCUAUAUGCACAACACCCGCACAAUAAUUUAAACAAUAACCACAGGACACAACAAAAUGGUGGCGCGAAUGCGCAAAGACUGAGUAAUGGACGUUUCCCGCCAAAAGGUGUAGAUCCCUCUUAUAAAAAUAGUGCAAAUCGAACAGACGAUAAAUAUCUGAACAACGGACAUUAUAUUCCUAUGGGGAAUAACAAAGUGCUAUCACAUAGUGACUACAUACCUAUGACUGGGGGAAUAGCCCAUCAUAGAGACUGGCGUAACGACAGCGUCCUCACCAUGACAACAGAAGAUGGCGACGAUCGUUCUACAACAACUUCCGGUAGUUAUACAAUAGAAAAUGAAGAUCGUUUCGCCGGUUUAGACUAUUCUGAUUGGAAAGAUGUCGUCGUUUAAAUGUAUUUUUCUAAGUGUGUGUGUUUUGUGCACAUGUGUGUUUUCUAUGUGCAUAGUUUGUGUUUUUUGUGUAGUCUAUAUGUGACACUAAAUUACAGAUUGCAGUAAAUUAUGAAAUGUCCAGAUAGAAAAUUUACAUCAAAUUAUAAAAAAAAUUUAUUUCUUACGCUGUUUUAAACUUAAAUAGUAAAAUUAUGUAAAGCACGUUACAAUUUUUCAUGUUUUCAGAAAUGUUCAACCAUCUUGUAGGCCUAUUGCUUGCCCCAUAAUCACUUACGAUGUUAUUUUUAUUAUGGUCAGAUAUUUUAGCUGACAGUUUUGGAUAUCAUUUCUGAUAAACACCCAGUUUGCAUUUAUAUUUUGUAGAAUUUCAGCGCAAAAUAUAAUUUAAAUGGCUAUCAUUCAAGAUGCUGUUAAUUCUUCGAAACAUUUUUUCUAAUAAGAUUAAGACUACCUCUGUUUUGUAAAUGACAUACUCUGAUACCAGAAAGCAUUUAAAUACGUUUUCGUAUAAUACAAGCAGCGUUAUACAAUGUGUGUGUCUGUCAAUCAAAUUCAAAUUACAUUUUUAUUUCGUUCCAUUUCGUUUGGUUUCCAUAGUAAACAUUUCAAUCCAAACGAGCCCAGUAGAAUAUAACUCACGGAAUAUAAAGCGAAACGAAAUAAUAUCUUUAAAUGUUUAAUUCGUUUUGCAUCAUUUUUAUAGGACCGAUUUAAAUCUAGACGAAGCCGGUUAAAUAUAAAAUAGGGAAUACAAAACGGAACGAAAUAGCAUUUAAUUUUAAUGGAUUGAAAUGUAUGUCUGUGUAUUAAUUGUGUAGUAUUCGGCAUGUAAUGCGAAUGUACGUGUAUUUUUGUGUUUUGGAAUGUAAAAAUCUGUAUUGAAAUUACCAGAAAUGUGACAGAUUUUGUUAAAAUGAUAUCAAAUAUCACGUUAUUUUUUUAUAUUGUUUUGUAUUAAAGAUUAGAUGAAGAGAACAUAUUUAUUAGCGUCCAUAAAUUGUAUAUGAUAAUUAUUAUAGCCUGUAUUGUACAGAUUAUUAUAUUAAUGAAGCAAUGUGUCUUCUUGCCAUGUCUGAAAAUGAUGUUAU